CGUCGCAGUUAGCUAGUGGAUAUGUUGUGGGUAAUCACGUUAGGUCAGCAAUGGACAAACCGAUCCGCCAGAGCGAGUGUUUUUAAGCCAUUAAUCCAGUGGUACAAGAAUGGGACCAUGUUCCAACCCAAAUCUUUCGCUCACGAAUACCAUGAUACAAGCGCAAGAACUUUCCCCGCUGAUAAAUCAUUGCAACAAGGAAUUUUGUGCCUACUCAAAUGAGUCUCUGUCGACGCUCGAGAGCGCAGAUUCGAGGGCCGGACGAACAGAAGGUGCCGAUGACUAUGAUUAUGACAUUGAAACUUUUGCCAAACUCGAGACCCGGCGAAAAAGCAGUACAAAAUCGUGGAAUAUUAUUUCUCGGUUUAAACUCGAUCGCGGUGCCCUUCAGUUUGCCGUGCGCAUGGCAGUUCUGCUCACUAUCUCGAGCUUGUUUGUCUUGAUCCGAUCGGAGAAAUGGAAGUACCCAGAUGGCAUGUGGGUACUAGUCAGUGUCCUGUUCGUGAGCUGGUUUCCAAGUUUGGAUGCCGCUAGCGUCAUAGAAAAGAUUACGCAAAGGCUCAUCGGAACUUUUGUUGGGGCUUUUUUGGGUCUCAGUUGUGGAUUCUUCAGCAUAUGGGCUUUUCCAACACAAACCUACCAAGCAUUCUUUCUGACCGCGUGCAUGUUCAUUUUUAACUUUGGAAUAAUUUUUCUGUCGGGCCAUUGCAAGGUGGGACAAGAGAAAGUCAUUAAACAAUACGCCUACGCUACAGUUCUGUGCGUUUUGACCUUUUGCAUAUGCAUGUUGCCAUUUGGCCUAGACAAGGACCCAAAAUGGGAAUUGGGCGUUUGGCGUGUAUGCAACGUCAUUGUUGGCUGCUUGCUAGGAGCCCUUGGCUCCAUCUUUGUUUGGCCCAAGUCAACAAUGGCUGUCUUACACGAAAAGACUGCUCGCCAGGUCAAACUGGCUGGGGAAGCGAGCGAGGCUGUUUUACAUAUGGCAGCUGACUACUUUGCAGGCAAAGUUGAUGUGAAUAGAUUGGCAGAUGAGCUGAUGGCCUCACCUCUGGAAACCCGUAUGCGCUGGAAAAUCAAUCGUAUCAACAGUGGAAAGUUGAGUGAAGUGAGCAUGCGCAGUAAUCAUGCCGACGUGGCUUUGAAAAAGUAUGAAGACGCAAUUGCUGAUUGGAAGGCAAGUAAAAUGCUAUUCCCUCUGAUCAAGUAUGAUCCAUUCCGUCUUAGAUUGGGAAAGAGACCCGAGGAAAAUGAGUGUUUUUCGUCCUUCAAUAAAGAAAUUGCUCGCACUUUGGCGCGGUCGCUCCGAAUUCAGACAACCAUCGUUGUUUUGGAUGGUAUGGUUCGCAACGAUACUGAGUACGAUUUCGGUGAAUCAGACCUUGUAGUAUUUAGCGAAACAGGAACCUUCAUACGCCAGAUGUUGACCUUGCCUUUUCAGAUUCAUCUGAACAACUCGGCAGCUCUUUCCUUGUUUCGCUGUUUGGAUGACAUUCGUCGACGUAUAACUCAACUUUCGGACGCUGUUUCAAAACCUGACGAAAGUGCAGCUCACGCUCGUUAUGCAGGGUUGGAAAGGUUCAAAAGAAGUCUGGUAUCUGAGGAUGAUGAGUUUCUGCAUGCUGACGAUGAUGUCGGCCGGGGUAUUCCAGAAUUUGCUUCUGGGUCCAACGAAAACUCCCUUUUCUUCCUCCAAUUGGUAGAGCAUUUGGUUCAUCGCUCCCUUCGUUUGUACCAAGCAUGGAAGCAUGUUGAGAUGCAAUCAUUACAGCUCGACGACCCUGCUAUACGGGCCCUUUUGGUGAAUUCUUCUAGCGAGACGAGACCAGGAGAUUCACUGCGAUCCUUGGUCGUCGCAUAAUUUCUAUAGAACCUUUUAUACUUGGUUCCCAUACGCUAAC